AUGCCCAUCCCUGUUACAGAGUCUGAAGGGAAGCCGCGUUGGCCAGACAUCAGCUUGGUGGUGCCAGACGCGUAUGAUAUUCGUGAGCAGCACGUAAAAGGUUUAGUUUCAAACUUGUGGCACUCCCGGGAAGAUGGUGACUUCGUAUUCACCGUGGCAGGAGGGACACUCCGUGCCCACAGUUGCAUAUUGUCUGCUGCGUCGCCAGUAUUCAAAGCCAUGCUGGCAAGCGGAAUGGCUGAAGGGCUAUCUUCAUCUGCAUUGCUUGACGCGGAGCCUGCGGAGCUGAUGGCUAUGCUUCGUUUCAUUUACACGGGUGAGCUAGAUGCAACACCGCAUCAGCUUCCCGGAGUUUUGGCCCUGGCUCAUCGCUACGAAGUCUUAAACUUGAUUCCGCCGGUGUGCGAGGCAAUGAUCGACAGCCUGAACAUUGAAACGGCCGCUCCCUACAUACGUGUGCUGCGAUUGCUUGAAGGUUAUGCAGGGGGCUUUCAGAGGUCAUCAGACAGCAGGAGGUUCAAGACCAUUGAAAACUGUGAUUCCCCUGGCCAUGCGGCGGGGGCAGCAGACAUGCAAGCCUGGAUGGCGCUUCCAGCGACCGGAAGCUUGCCAAGCAUUCCACCAGCUGUCCGUGUAACUGGCCCCGGGUUGUCCCAGCCAAGCCCAGCAGAUGAGGUUUCGGCAGGCAAAGACGGUGCUGCAAGCACCGGCGGCCCAUCAUCACCAUCAGGUGAUGAAUGCAGAGCCGAAGCCACAUCACCGAUCUCACAAGCUUUCCUGGCUGUUGCACAGCGGAUUGCGCAAAGCCCAGAACUGCUCAUGGCAACUCUGAGGGCUCUGUGA